CAUUUUGCUUCUUGCUGACGGGGAUCUUCCGUCCUUCAGGGGCCGUCUUCAUUGAAAACUUUAGCCACGGGCGAAUUGUGCCCGUGGUGUGCUACUACGAGAAAGGCCAGGCUUUCCGUCCUUAUCCCAUGAACUAUGGAAUGGAAGACAUACCCGGGAACCUUUGCAGCCACGUGAACCUGGCUUACAUCGAGUUGAACGAGACGACUUGGACUCUCAAGCUGGACCCCACGAUCAACUUUGCAGAGUUUGCUCAGCUGAAGACCAAGUUCCCGCGAUUGAAGACGCUCCUUUCAAUCGGAGGGUGGAGCAACCAAACCCAAGUCAUAUCGGCCAUGGCUACUACGAUGACCCGGCGAAGAAAAUUCAUCAACGACGCCGUCCAAAAGCUCGUGAGCAACGGCUUGGACGGCCUUGACGUUUUCUGGCUUUUUCCUGGAAUGGUUGACCGAGGCGGAAAAAAGAGAGACAAGAUCAACUUCGUCAGACUCUUGAAGGAGUUAUACGCUGCCUUCAAAGGGCGCAAGCUUCUGCUUACGGCUGGCGUUCCCAUUAACCAGAACGUAUUGGAUGCCGGAUACGACUUACCGGCAAUCGACAGAUAUCUUGAUUGGAUGAAUGUCAUAGGUUACGACCUUAGAGGAUACUGGAACGUCAGAACUGACAUUCAUAGUCCUCUCCACCCCAGAAGAAUCGACGGACCCGAUGUCCCGGAGCUCAACGUGGAAGAAGGUCUUGAGGCGCUGCUGGACCGCGGAGCCUCGAAACGGAAGCUGGUACUGGGCGUGGCCUUCUACGGGCGCGUGUACAGGCUCGCGGACCCAGCGAACGCCGGCCUGCACGCGCCUAUCGACCUCAUCAACAGGCCGGAAAAGGGCGCCUUCCUCCUGAGCGACAACAUACACGCCUACUUUGAGAUUUGCAAGAAUAUAAGGUUCGGCACAUGGCGCCGCAGCUUCGACGCAGAAGGAAUGUGUCCGUAUGCAACUAACGGCCAGGACUGGGUGGGGUACGAAGACGCAGAAAGCAUCUCCAAGAAGGUUGAAUUUGUCAGAAAGGAAGGCUACGCCGGCAUAAUGGUCCUAAGCUGUGACAUGGACGAUUUUCGUGGAGUAUGCGGAACGCAUAAUAUACUGCUGCAAACAAUCAAUGACGCCCUACCUAGGCUGAAGUACAUAGUUAUUUAGAGUGGGUAAAAUGCUACAUGAAGGUCCAGUCAGUAGCAUUAAACCGGCCGCAGUUUGCAUUUCAGUCUACAGGUGGAAGAGUCGCAAAUGUGAACGUUGUGCUUGACAACUGCAAGAUAAGCGCUAUAAAUAAAUGUUAAGCAUUUCAACGUAUGAGGGGGUAAUGGUGCUCGCUACAGGUUAAUCUAUAGCCUCUAUAGCCUAUCGCAAUAGUUCCAGCCGAGUUGAUCAUUUUAACUUCUUAAGGGUAAACA